AUGGGGAAACCCCGCAUGAUUAUCCUGAUUCGCCAUGCGCAGUCCGAAGGAAACAAGAAUCGCGACAUUCACCAGUUCAUUCCUGAUCAUAGGGUGAAGCUCACGCAACAUGGCUGGACUCAGGCAGAAGAAGCAGGACGAUCACUCCGCUCUUUGCUCAAGCCCGAUGACACGCUCCAAUUCUUCACCUCCCCCUACCGUCGAACACGCGAAACCACUGAAGGCAUCCUCCGCACCCUAACCUCGGAUGACCCGACUCCAUCCCCGUUUCCGAGAAACAAAAUCACCGUCUUCGAAGAGCCACGGCUACGAGAACAGGACUUCGGCAACUUCCAGCCAUGUUCAGCCGAGAUGGAGAGGAUGUGGCAGGAGCGAGCAGACUACGGUCACUUCUUCUACCGCAUUCCCGACGGCGAGAGUGCGGCAGAUGCAUACGAUCGAGUCAGUGGCUUCAAUGAAAGUCUAUGGAGAUCAUUCAGCGAUGACAACUUUCCGAGCGUGUGCGUGCUGGUCACGCAUGGCCUAAUGUCGCGCGUGUUUCUCAUGAAGUGGUAUCACUGGUCUGUCGAGUACUUUGAAGAUCUCCGUAAUGUUAAUCAUUGCGAGUUCAUCAUCAUGAAGCAAAGCGAAAACAGCGGGCGAUACAUACUUCAAAACGAGCUACGAACCUGGUCUGAACUCAAGCGGAGAGCGGCCAAGGAGGGGACAACUGGUGCGUCUUCGAGUACACCAAGCAGACCUACACCGCUCAGCGCAGCUGGACAAGUAGGGCUCAAUUCAUCGCCAAUAAUACCUACACGCCGUUGGGGUGGCUGUGUAAAUGGUUGCAACCACGACAAGGUGAACUACCCACGCCGGCCAAUGCGGAAGAAUACUAUGGACUUCCUUGGGGGUCAGUCGCAGCAGCUACCUCCACCCGCCACCAGUCUGGACGACGAGAAGGAAGACCACCCCGCUGCGGCCCAAGAAGCCGAUCACGCUUCAGUCAUCAACGAACAAACACCAACGAAACUUUCGCGGAAGCAAAGCACGAAGACUUCGCCUGUAUUAUCAAUGCCACCCACGCCAGCCUCUCCCAACGACGCUUCAAACGACGCCUCUAGCAGCGAGAACGACGAGGCAGCUUCAGCAUUGCGCCCGUCCCACCAGCACACCGCGCCGCGAACAGCUGCUAUUCUGCGGCACUUGCAGCCGCCCCAGAAAGCGCAUGGGGACGGUUUCUCGGACGACUCGGACUACUUUCCUGGCAUGCAGCAAUUGCAUCAUAGCACCAAUGGUCAUCGAAAGUUACUACGAGCAAGUUCAAGGCAGCGACAAGAAUCCAAGGAGCGGAAGCUCGCACGUAGACAGACGGAGCAGAGUUGGAGAGAAGAGAGUGGUAUGGGGACAGGGGCUCGGACAGAUAGAUUAGGGGAUGGGGAUGCAACGAGUGAUGAACCCGGAUCAGCGAAGCGACCUGGGGCGGCUGAACAGCCGCCGAUAUUAAGAGAAGCACUCAAGGGCGACAUGAUUGUCGAAAAGAGCGAGGAAGAAAGGGAACGAAGUGAUGAGGAGCUAGAUGCGGAGAAGAAGAUCGGGGUGGCAGAGGUGGAGAGGAUGAAAGAGGCUGAGAAAAGGAGUCUCGAUGAGGUGUACUGA